CUGGUCAAAGUGCGUGCAGACUAGUUGGCCAAAGUUGAGGGCGGCGACGUCUCGGGGAACAGCUGUUUGCGUUCGGGGCGGAGGCGGCGCGCGAGCUCCUUGGCCACGAGCCAGCGAGCCUAGAAGGGUGGAGGUUCUGGAUCCCAGGGGAAGAGGGAGCGAGAAGGCGGGAUGACGCGGGGACUUCAGACUUGAAGCUUCUGUCCUUCGGCUCACGUCCCGUCGCGCUUUCGCCCCUUCUCGGUGACCUCAACCCCUUUAUACCGACCCCACCUCUUAGGGGCCGGGAGUACCGCCCCUGUAGGGGGAGGGGAGGAGGAGGAGAUUUCGAACGCGGAUUGAAUCGUGUGGGCACCCGUAGUUGGGAACCGUGGAACACUGGUCCCGGGGAAGGAGGGAGGUGCCCGAGCUCGGAGGCUCCGGUGGCCCUCGCGGAGGGCCGGGCCUUUAGUGGCUCCGCGUGAAGAACGCGGUCCUGAGCCGGACCCAGGGGCGACGCGCGGAGCGGCUGGUCCAGUCAUGGCAGACUACUGGAAGUCACAACCGAAGAAAUUCUGUGAUUACUGCAAGUGCUGGAUAGCGGAUAAUAGGCCUAGUGUUGAAUUUCAUGAAAGAGGAAAGAAUCAUAAGGAAAAUGUGGCAAAGAGGAUCAGUGAGAUUAAACAGAAAAGCCUGGAUAAGGCAAAGGAAGAAGAAAAGGCAUCAAAGGAGUUUGCUGCAAUGGAGGCAGCUGCCCUGAAAGCGUACCAAGAGGAUUUGAAAAGGCUUGGCUUAGAGUCAGAAAUUUCAGAGCCAAGCGUAUCACCAGUAACUAGCACUAUGCCACCCCCCUCUGCAUCAAAUCAGCAGAAAGAAAAGAAGAAAAGGAAAAAAGACCCUUCAAAGGGCAGAUGGGUAGAAGGCAUAACCUCUGAGGGUUACCAUUACUAUUAUGAUCUUAUCACAGGAGCAUCUCAGUGGGAGAAACCUGAAGGAUUUCAAGGAAACUUAAAAAAGACAGCAGUGAAGACUGUUUGGGUAGAAGGUUUAAGUGAAGAUGGUUAUACCUAUUAUUACAAUACAGAAACAGGAGAAUCCAGAUGGGAAAAACCUGAUGAUUUCAUUCCACACUCUGGCGAUCUGCUUUCUAGUAAGGUCAAUGAAAAGUCACUUGGCACCCUAGAAGAGUCCAAAUCAUCAGACUCACAUAGUGAUUCUGAUGGGGAACAGGAAGCAGAAAAAGAAGAGGUCUCUACAGAAACACAAAAGCCAAAAAUAAAGUUUAAGGAAAAAAAUAAAAACAAUGAUAAGGGAAUUGAACCAGAAACACAGAAAGAAAAAAAUGCCCUAGAGCAGAAUUCAUCAGGUCCAAGUGCAGAAAAAUCCAAAGCUCAUAAAAAAUCGAAUCCAUAUGGAGAAUGGCAAGAAAUUAAACAAGAAGUUGAGUCUCAUGAGGAGGUAGAUUUGGAACUUCCAAGCACUGAAAAUGAAUAUGUAUCAACUUCAGAAGCUGAUGUUGGUGGGGAACCCAAAGUGGUAUUUAAAGAAAAAACAGUCACUUCUCUUGGAGUCGUGGCAGAUGGAGUGGCCCCAGUCUUCAAAAAGAGAAGAAUUGAAAAUGGAAAAUCUAGAAAUUUAAGGCAACGAGGUGAUGAUCAAUAAUUGUAAAAGAGCUUUUUGUACGUGCUUUUUGGGCAGAAUGGAGACUAUCCAACCUAAAGCUCCUCCGUGGUUGUUUCUAAGUACUUGGAUGCUAAAAAUUUAGAUUUAUUCUAAAUGUAUUUUAUGUGAAUUUAAAAUAAAUCUUUUUUCAUGUGAAA